UCUUCGUGCCGCAACCAGCACUCCACAGCACAUCUUCCGGGGUCACAGGAGGGAUGUCAGAGGGUACAAAUCCUCCCCUUGGUCAACCUCUCCAAGAUGACCAGGCCCAUUACCCGGCAGCACCUACAGUACCGCCAACUAUUCGCCCGUUGCUCAGCCUUUUGUACCUCAGCCUCAACACAACACGUACUCUGAGGCCCCUUCCGUAUACCAUGACCCGUGUAACAUGCAAUCGUCGCUAGGGGGUGCGUAUCCUGUCGGUGAGGAUGCGGUACAGGUCCCAGCAGGUACCACGGAGUCCGAGGUUGAGCAAGCCGGCUGGCUAGAGGGCGAUACUGACAUGUGUGAUGCUAGUAGCUUUCCCGAGGAUUUGUUGAUCGACGACUUCUGCAUCCCAUCAGAAGCCCGCCUUCCCAUCGUACCCGACGUAGUCACUACAAGGAUCCGCCCCGCACUUGAUGGAUUCCAUCGUCAAAUAUUUGACCAAAAGGACAUUGCAUGUCUCAAUUCUCCUACGGCACGUCUCAAUGACGGGGCCAUCAAUGGUUGCGCUGCAAUCCUCUAUUCCCAGUUCAAAAUCCCAUCUGUGAACUGCGCUAUAUUAUCCACCUUCGACCUUCCGCGCAUCCAAUCCAAGGAAGCUGACGACCGCAUCUGGCGCAACGCACGCUGGACUUCCUAUUGGGAGAAAGAUGUGUGGAUCCUCCCAAUCCAUCGAAAAGAUGUCGUCGACGGCCAUUGGGUGAUCUGUAUAAUCUAUUUCAAAACUAAAGAACUCCAUCUGUUUGACAGUCUUGCUGAUGAGGAAGCUUGGGAACCGGAUGUAAAGAACAUUAUGAGAUUGAUCGAACGGUACCUCACGAUAGCACGUCAACGACACAGCGACGUUCAAAUUGAUCUCGAGGACUGGCGAGGUCGGAUGUUAAAUACCAACGCUUACGAUUGUGGGCUGUGGAUAUUGGCAGCCAUGAUUGCUGUGUUGCGCGGCAGACAUUUUUCAAACCUUCACGAGGCACAAAUGAGCGACUUGCGGCAUUAUCUCCGUAGUCUAGUCCUUUCCGUACCCACAUGUACCUAACGCGAUUGUAUUACUGUUCUAUUGUAUAUAUCGAAUCUACUGUAUAUCUUGAGUCUUUGACCAAUGAAAUUACUUCCUCGAUUCAGCAUAUGCCUCUCAACCCCCGGGCCUUGAAUCUUACUCUUGCCGUAAUUGGACUCGGAGGUACGAUCGCACAUUACAUCCAGAUGUUUAUUGUUGUAUACGUCGUCAGCAGCCAGCCUGAGUAGCAGAAUUAUUCACGGCACUAUGAUUCUAGGGAAUGCAGGGAUCUGUGCAAUCGGGCCAUGCUUCUCGGGCAUGUGAUGUAGUCAAGAGGUUGCUAAACAAGGCAUCGAUUCCAACUCAAAG